UCCUACCUCACUCACUGUCACCAUGAAGAGCAUCACUGUUUGUGCCAUCCUUGCUCUGGCAGCUUCUGCCUGGGCUGUUUCUCCUCCUGCACGGGGGUCAUGGGUGGAUUGCUCUACGUACAGUGGGAAAGGUUCCGGGAUGGCAUGCACAAGAAUAUACAAACCAGUAUGUGCUUCAGAUGGGAAUACUUACAGUAAUGAAUGCAUGCUUUGUAUGAAAAGCCAAGAAUUAAAAAUGAUUCUCAGAAAAAUGUAUGAUGGUGAAUGUUCUACUGCUCAAUCUACUGUUCAACAGGAUGAAAUUAGUUGCUCUGGGUAUUCUGAAGCUUGUACCAUGGAGUAUAGGCCUCUCUGUGGAUCCGAUGGAAAUGUAUAUUCCAACAGAUGUAUGUUUUGCAACGCUGUCUGGAGGAGCCGUGGUGCGCUGACUCUCAGAAACCAGGGAGAGUGUGUGUCUUCCCAAUGAACAUGGCACCAGCAUCUUCCUUUCAGCAGUCGCCACUCAGAGAACUAAUUUCUCUCGAAAGG